AUGGAUGUUGUCAAAUACAAUGCAGCCCUCAGCUCGAGUGCAAAAGGCAGCGCUUGGCCGGAAGCACUGCGGCUUUUUGGGGCUCUGCCGGAAGCAAAGCUGCAGGCGACGGAGGUCUCCUACACCGCUGCACUCACGGCGUGUGCCCGAGGUGACUGCUGGCAGCAAGCAUUGGAACUGCUCGAGGAGGUGGAUCACGUGCGGCUGCAGAACAACAUCAUCACCGUCGGCGCGGCGCUCGGAGCCUUGGGCCCCGGGCAGUGGCUCCUGGCGCUCUGCCUCCUAGGACACCUUCCCCAGCGAAGCCUCGACCCCAACGUCGUCGUCAUCAGCACCGCCAUCGCUGCGUGUGUAGGACAUUGGCUGCAAGCUCUUGCGCUUUUGCAAGAACUGCAGCCUCUUCGCUUGCAGCCCAACAUCAUCACCUACAACGCUGCGAUUUCCGCUUGCGGAAGCUCUGAACAGUGGCACGAAGCCCUCCAGCUUCUAUCCGACCUACUCAUUGAUCAGCUGCGACCCACUGCCGUCACCUACAGCACCUGCAUCAGUGCCUGCCAGGGACGAUGGCGAGAAGCCACAGCAAUUCUGGGUUCCAUGGCGGAAGGGACCGUCGAGGCCAACAUCGUUGCAUAUGGAGCUGCCGCGGCCGCCCUCGCUCGGGCCGGCGAAUGGCAGCGUGCUGUGUGUCUCAUGGCAGGUUUCGAUGAGGUCCACUUGGCCCCCAGUCUCGUGGUCUUCAGUUCCACGAUCAAAGCAUGCGAGAUGGCAGUGUGCUGGCAGCAGGCCCUCGGCCUCUUCAAAGAGCUGUGCCACCGACGCCUCGAGGCUGACAGCAUCGCCUACAGCACGGCCCUUCACAUCGUCGCCGCCGGAGACUGGCCCCAUGCGCAGGCGCUGCUGGCAGAGUGGCCUCUUGAGGCCGUCGGCUGCAGAGUCGCUCUUGGAGCGGGAGAGAGGAGCAGUCUUUGGCCAGCUGCCUUGGCCCUAUCUGGCCGUUGGGAUGCCGCGGCUCAUCACACAGCGAGCCGUGCCUGCCGCGAUGGAAAGCAGUGGAUUGCCGCUUUGGGAGUCCUGCUUCGCAUCCCCGAGGCGGCCUUGCAGCCGACGGUGAUCAGCCUGAACUCAGCCCUCGCUGCAUACGAACAUGCGGCUCAGUGGCCUCACGCCUGCGAGCUACUCCGAGGGUGCAGACCAAUCGUCGACCGCAUCUCCUACAACACCGCUCUGAGCUGCUUGGAGAAGGCAAGGCAGUGGCUUUUGGCGCUCGUUUGCAUCCACGACUUGCCAAUUGAGCGCGUGGCGGCGGAUGCCGUUACCUGCAAUUCGGCUGCCAGUGCCUGCGAAAAGGCAGUGGAGUGGGAGUUUGCACACCAGCUGCUCCUUUAUGCUCGCCGUGGCUCCAUCGAGACGGAUGCCGUUGCCUUCAAUGCUCUCCUUAGUGCUGUGGAGAAGGCAGGCGAUCGCCAGGGAUCUAUUUCGUCUGUACCCGGCUGGCAGUGGCGCUGCGCGGCAUCUCUGCUGGCAGAUCUGCGACGUGCUGCCUUGAGAGGGAGCGCCAUCACCUAUGGAUCCCUUAUGCUUACGUGCAGAAGAAGCUUGCAGUGGCAGCAGGCGCAAUCGUUGCUCCAAUGCAUGCAGCUGCAACCGGCAGAUGUGAUGACGUGCAAUGCUUUGAUGGGAACCUACCAGAGGUCCACAGAGUGGCGCCACACGUUGACUUUCUUCGCCUCCUUGCGAGAUGCUGCUUGCAUGAUGGAUGCGCCCGGGCACAUGCAGAGAUGGAUGUUGAGCACUCUUGCUUGGCCUAGCCGUUGA